UAGUAUCCUUUUUUCUAUGUAAACUUUAACGUGCAUUUGGACACAAUCUUCUAAAACUUCUUAUUGUUCGCCAAUAAAAAUAAUAAUUGAAAGGUACAGAUUAGGUUAGAGUAUCAAAUACCAAAAUAUUUAGGAAAAGUUAUUAAAGUAUUAUUUCCUGUUCGGUCAAAUGGAAAAUGUUGGUGUUAAUACAAUUAACGAAGAGGAGGCUUUAAAUGAUUCUAAUAAUAUAAGAUAUCCAAGAAGAUGUAGACUCUCUGUGACUAACGGUUUAAAAACAAAACAGUUCUGUUUAAAAGAAGAGAGAAGUGCAUCUCUCCGAACAAUAUCGGCAAUAUUGCAAAAAUCUGAAGAGCAAAGAUCAACUGAAGAAGCUCAAUUCUUAAAUGAUUGUUCAGAAACAGUGGAAGAAAUUCAACAGCGACGAAGAAGACGUGAAGAAGCAAAGCGGCGCCUAGAAGAAAUUGAAGAUCCAGAAGACGAACUGUAUGAAAAAUGCAAUAAAAUGGCUCAGGCAAUGAUUGAAGCUCAACACAUUAUAGUUUAUACAGGAGCAGGCAUCAGUACAGCAGCAAAAAUUCCUGAUUACAGAGGUCCAAACGGAAUUUGGACCAAACUUCAACAAGGAAAAGACAUUGGAAAACAUGAUCUGAGUUCUGCAGAGCCAACAUACACACAUAUGGCUUUGUCUCAAUUGUAUCAUCAGAAGAUCCUUAAGCACGUUGUGUCUCAAAAUUGUGAUGGUCUACAUUUACGAUCGGGUUUGCCGCGUUCUGCACUAUCAGAAUUGCAUGGAAACAUGCUAAUUGAGGUGUGCAAAAAUUGCAGACCCUCACGUGAAUAUCUCAGGCCAUUUGACGUCACCGAAAACACUGCCAGGUUUUCUCAUAAGACCAUGAGAAAAUGUUAUUUUUGUAACAGUCCUUUAAUUGAUACAAUUGUUCAUUUUGGAGAACGGGGUACUCUAUAUUGGCCUCUAAAUUGGCGGGGGGCAUGCAAAAAUGCGAAAAAAGCCACAAUGAUUAUCUGUCUAGGUUCCAGUUUGAAAGUUCUAAAAAAAUAUCCAUGGCUUUGGCAAAUGGAUAAACCAGUGAAGAAAAGGCCUACGCUGUUCAUAGUUAAUCUACAGUGGACUCCAAAGGAUGAUUGGGCUUUUUCUAAAAUCCAUGGAAAAUGCGACACGGUCAUGAGAAUUGUUAUGAACACAUUGGGAAUACAUGUACCAGAUUAUGAUCGUAAAAAAGAUCCCGUUUUCUUUCACUGGACUAAUCUUUGCAAAGAAGAACUUCAUACAACUACAAGACCUUUCUUACAAGUCAACGAUUCAAUGUUAAUUCAGGAAAAAGACAUUAGUGUCGAGGAAAAGUUAAAUAUCGACGAGAAAAUCAAUGUGGAAUCAUUUUUAAAUGAAAAAAUUAAGACAGAGCCUGAUAUUUGUACUGUGGUUACAUUCAAAGCGAGACAACCAGAAAACCACGUCCUUCAUCGUAAUAAUUUUUAUUUUAAUCAUUUAAUGUUUCCAAAUAAUUCUGAAAUUCAUUUUUCAGAAUUAUAUCUUUAUCCCUUUUUAACAAGUUACAUGUACUCAGGAUUACACAGUAUUAUAACUCCUCCUCCUCUACUGAACAAUUUAAAAGAGGAGAAAACUGAAUCGAAUGAUUUCUGCAAAUUUUGCUGGAAAGAAUAUCAAUCACCUACUUGCUUAUUUUACAGGAAAUUCAUUCCAUUUUUUGCCAGCACAGAAAAGAACGUUGUGUGUUUGUGUUGCGAUAAUAUAACCGAUAAUGAGUCGGUAAAGAGAGACAAUGAGUUAAAAAACUACAGUAUCUUAGAAAAAAACCAAAGUAAAACUCGUAUUACUGCGGGUUGGUUUGGUAAAGGCUACUCAAAAAAUAGAAAAAGAAGAAAAAGUUGAUAGCAACUUUUUUUAUGUCUCAAACUCCCUUUUGCCCUUUUUUUAACAAAAUUUAAAUAAAAAUAAACCAGUGAUCGA